AAUCAACAGUUGCGCCGCGACCGCAGGUGCUACCGGAGAAACGAACCCUCAACCUCAUGCCCUGUUCCUCGGCAGACGCCGUCACGAUAUGUGUCUCAUUUCAGGUAUUGAAAUGGGCGACUAUUCUUAAAGUGGGGACGCCGAUCUGGAGGGGGAGCCGUGCGACCAAUAACGCUUCGACUUAUGAUGUCAUCGGAGGAGGAGAGUGAGUUCGGUUUGUAUACAGAUAAGCUCCUGAAGAAAUCCAAAAGAACUAGACAGCGCGUGGACGCCGGCGAACCGCGUAACUCGUACUCUUCGAUCCCGAACUUCAGUUCGCGACCGGCCUUUCUCGGUGGCAGUAGCAAUUUAUACGGCGCCAUUUUCACCCAACAGCAACAGUUCGGUCUCUUCGGACCGGGGUUCGCGCCCGCCAAGAUGCUGAACGAACUGCUCGGUCGGCAAAAGACCGAAAACGGCAACGACAGUGACGACAAGUUCGAUAACGUCAUCCGCUGCGACCAGAGUCCUCCUUCGGGAGAGCAACUUGCCCACCACAUGCUCCGGGACAUCCUGCAAGGGCGAAAGCACGAGCUCAUGGCCCUGGAGCACGACCUACGCAACGGACAGGACCACAUCAUGAACAACAACAACAACGAACCCAAAGCCAGUCCAGAACGAAACGAUGUGGACGCAGCGGUGGCCAUGAAGGAAUGCCUGGCUGAAGCCGGCGUUGGCGAACGACAACAGGUAGAGCUCAUGGAAGACGCCCUCAACGGCAUGGAAACCGAGUCGCUACCUUCCCCGAAAGUGGAGCCUUCGAGCCCCGCGAAACCAGAGGAUGCGAAAAAAGCGCGAGUAGAAAACAUCGUAUCCAGCAUGCGGUCGAGUCCUGCGCCUCCCCAAGUGAACGGAUGCAAGAAACGGAAGCUGUACCAGCCCCAACAGCACGACACUAACGCCGAAAGAUACGUGGACGACGAAGAGGAAGAUAUCGAGCCGAUAAGACAGAAACGUGUGGAAAAAAGUAUGCUCAAAUCCCAGCUGCGGUCGAUGCAAGAACAACUCGCAGAGAUGCAACAAAAAUACAUGCAGCUGUGCACUAGAGUGGAACAAGGCUCGGAAGAGAGCCAGGAGAUCGAGGAAAUUCCUAGUGACAGUGAACAGAGCAAACGAUCAGCACCACCCUCGCCAGUGACUACUAGUACACCCACCCCCUCACAACAGCAGCCGACGCUAGCGCAAGAGGUGAGCAAAAUGAAAAUAAGUCCUCCUGGUCCGCCGUUCCACAACGGCUUCCUACACAACCCUCACCAACACAUGAGUAACGCCGCAGCCAUGUACCUCGGCGUCAGCCACAAGCUCUUCAUGGAGCAAGAAGCCAGGCUAGCGAAAGAAGCUGCUGCGGCCAACGCCAUGAGCAAUGAAUCGCAACAAUCACAACCACCUCAGCAGCAACAGCAAAUCACUCCUCCGAAACCCGACCACAUAUCGGAACGCCUCAGCAUGAUGAGAAGCAUCAACCCAAGCGGUACGGAUCUAGAAGGCCUAGCCGACGUUCUGAAAAGCGAAAUAACGGCGUCGUUAUCCAACUUGAUAGACUCCAUCCUGCACAGAUUCGUGCACCAGAAGAGGUGCAAGCAGCAAGAUGCGGCGACCGCUGCGGAGCAAUUGAACAAAGACCUGUUGAUGGCCUCGCAGCUCCUGGAUAGGAAGUCGCCCAGGACCAAGGUGGCGGAACGGCCCCAAGCGCCGCCACCGCAAACCAACCACCAGAACCAAAUGGUGAACGGGAAUUCGGGCUGCCCGCCCAUGAUGCCCGUGCACAGUAUGAACAUGCAGAAGCCCUCGGAGCUGCACAUACGACCACCCAUGUUCCAGCCUCCGAAGCCGCCCGGUAUCAGCGCGCCCCUGUACGGCAUGAGCCACCCCUUUUGCGUGUCCAAGCAGGAGUCUCCCGAGCAGAACGAGGCGCUGAGUCUGGUGGUGGCGCCCAAGAAGAAGAGGCACAAAGUGACCGAUACAAGGAUUACUCCUCGUACCGUCAGCAGGAUCCUGGGCCAGGACGGCAUGGGGCUGUCUCCUGCGGGCAUGGAACCGCCUACGUGCUCUUCUCCGAGGCCGUCCCCAUAUCACCAGCCGCCGCCGAUGUUGCCCGUCUCCCUUCCUACGUCGGUGGCGAUACCCAAUCCAGGCCUACACGAAUCUCAGGUUUUCUCGCCCUACAGUCCCUUCUUCCAUGGGCCCAGUCAUGGCCACCACAUGGCAAUGCAGGCCUCCUCCUCCCCGCCCCGCAUGCACAAGCUGGAGCGCGAAUCGCCGCCCCUGCACCACCCGCCCACGCUGCUGCACCCCGCUUUGCUGGCGGCCGCCCAACAUGGCGCCUCCCCCGACUACGGGCACAUGCGGGUGCCCAACGGAGCGAUGAGCAUGGACAACGGGGACAGGAACUCGGACUGCAACUCCGGGGACCUGUCUUACGACGGCAUGCAGCCUACUAUAUCCUUUUUGUGCAAGGAUUUUAGCAAAAAUCUUAGCGCCCACCAUCCGAAUAUUUCCUUGACUUCUGAGCACUCGUCAACAUUGACGCCGAUGCACCUCAGGAAAGCCAAGCUGAUGUUCUUCUGGGUCAGGUAUCCGAGCUCAGCGGUCCUCAAGAUGUACUUCCCCGACAUCAAGUUCAAUAAAAACAACACUGCCCAACUAGUGAAGUGGUUCUCCAACUUCAGAGAAUUCUACUAUAUCCAAAUGGAAAAGUAUGCAAGGCAGGCGGUAUCAGAAGGAGUCAAAAACGCCGAUGAUCUGCACGUUGGAGGAGAUUCUGAACUAUACAGGGUGCUUAACCUGCACUACAAUAGAAACAAUCACAUCGAGGUUCCUUCCAACUUCAGGUUCGUAGUAGAGCAGACUCUCCGGGAGUUCUUCAAGGCCAUCCAAGAAGGCCGAGACGCCGAACAGUCCUGGAAGAAGUCCAUCUACAAAAUCAUCUCGAGGCUGGACGACCCUGUUCCGGAGUACUUCAAGUCUCCGAACUUCCUGGAACAGUUAGAGUGACCGGUUGGAGCCAACCGGCCCAAGGUGGUACCCCCGGGAGGCCUAUGGCUGCCGAGUGGUACCGCUGCCAGCAACAGGUGCUGAGCCGCCUCGACGUCAUAGAAUCGGUGACGUAUGCCACGAACUGUCAACGAUUUUUGUUGUUUUUAAUGGUUUUGAAGACGCCGAAGUUCCGCAGAACCUUGCCAUCUUUGAACGAAUUUGGACAUUUGUUGAGUAGUUGUGAUAGGUUGGCAACAAGACUUAAUGUUUACGCCUCAGGCUUUGCGUUCGUGGAAGAGCGAACAGUGAAUACAAAUCAAUCAAUUUUCCAGUGAUUACCUGAAUAUUUACCGGAUAGAAGUUGUUGACGUCAAGUCUUAAGUUUUACAAACCAGCAGUUAGCAAAGUUUAAAAUCUGCACUAUAUUUCGUUUACUUGGCAUGUUAUUGUUUACUGCCACUGUAAACUGUGCUAUGUCUAUAUUACCCACUUGUAUAUAAAUCUAGAUGUAUAUAGUAUUUAUCACUUAUUAUUUUUAUUUAUAUCUAUCAUUACAUUCCCAACCAAAGUUAUAUGUUUGCUAGUCAAGUGGGGUAGUCACCUCACUUUUAUUUUUUAUUUCAAUUUUUGUUCAUCUACAAUGUACAUCAAGAUGUUAUCGAAAACCCAAGAAAAUGUGUCUUUUUGUACAAUGUCGAUAUUCAGAUAUGACAUGAUUAUAUCUCAUAAACGUAUAAAAUACCUCAUGAGAUACAAUCAAAUAUUAUAAAGUAUAUUUGGUAGAUAUGCCUAUUAUUCAUUUAUGAAAUACUGGACUUUCCUUUGCGACACAUUAUCAUUAGGUAAAUAAUAAAUAUGAUAUAUUUGAAUAUUCAAUGCAAAAUAUCAUUCGGGGUUCUAAUUCAAUUCUCAUCAUGUAUUGGAUUAGAGUCCUAGCAAGUAUAGAAUCAGGUCAUAUUUGGAAAAAAUUCGAAUACAAGUAUUACAAACAGACACUAUAUUGACAGUAUCUUGAAGCAUUUUUCAUGAUAUUUGACAUAUCGGAAGGAUUCAAAAAACUUGUUAUAAUUCCAAAAUCCUCUUUUGUUUGUGCUGCUUGUAUCAAUGAUAUAUAGUGAAAUAAGAAUUAACAUAUUGAUUAACGAUACUAUCGAAAACAUUAUAGAUACAUAUUGAUACUUGAUUAUUAUUAUUUGAAUUAGAGAUUAUUAUAACAACUAUAAAAGGAUGUUCUGUGUGUAUGUUGGAAAAUCCAGUAUUUCUUCAACCCUUUUACGAUCAAUAUUUCUUACAUUUUUCUUUCUGUUUGUUUAAUUUUUUUUGAUCUGUUGGACUAGUUGCACUUUUUUUAUUUUGUAGCAUAUUUACCUGAUAUACUAGGCGAUCGAGUUACUCCCAUAUUUCAACUUUACUAAUUGUGUUCAGAAGGCUUAAUUUUCAAUUAGUAGUGAUAAACAACAUUCAGGUAAUUUUUCGGCCUGAAUAUAUAUUGAUUAUUUUCAAGAAUUUCGUUGCAAUAAAAUUAUUGAUUUUUACUGAGAGACAAAAAGAAUCAGUUGUCAUUAAAUGAAUCAAUUAUUUUCACUCGGGACCAUAAUUCUUCGAAGGAGAGCUUGCUCAAAAAUAUUGAAAUAUUGUCUUCCGCACUAAUUGAAUUGGGAAUUGAAUUGGCCUAUUGAACAUAAUUCUAGAGUGAUUUUGUCAGCGUAAACCUUCCGCCUAUACCUAAAGUAUUUUAAGUUACACAUGCACAAUACAAGUGUAGUUAUACACGAUCUCGUUGAUACAGUGUGAGGCAACUAGUCAUGUAAUUGAAUAUAUUCAGUUUUAAAUAUAUUUUUUUUUAUUUUCUUUUUCUUUCAGUCGUGGGCAGUUUACAGUGGAAGUAAUCCUACAAGUUUCCAAUCCGCGGCAAUCAAGCCGGAUUCAAAAUGAAAUACAAAUUGUACAUAAAAUUUUUUAGCCCAGUAUUCCUUCUGAUCCCGCAAUAGUACAGUCACAACAGCAUGCUAAAGAGGCCCCGAGAUAGUUAUCCUAGUCUACAGCUAGACUAUGAACUCGUGAUUUUGCUGUUCCUAAAGUUAUAUAUAUUCGAAACUGCCGAAAUUCGAAAGACUGCC